AUGCCCAAAUUACCGAGUUUCGUCAGACGGGCAGCCAACUCUACUUCGGAUGGUCGUCCUAGGACGGCUGAGGGGCGACCCAAAACGGCUGAGGGGAGAAGUAAGACAGCUCAAGCCUCAAAUCCUUCAUCCAUGUUACCGGAAGGUUCUUUAAGCAGCAUCGAAGCAUCAGGUCCUCAGGGACCUUUUCAGCAAAAUUUGCUUCCGAUCCAAACAUAUCCAAGUCUCGAAGUAUUCAGUCACACAUUGGCCACGAGAUCAAUGAGCGAACUUGGAAGGCUUGAUUCGCCAUCAUAUACAAGCCGCGCACCGCACCCUAUGCCCAACUCCCCCAGUACUGGCAUGACAUCUCCUCUAUCAGAUAUGGAUCCACACAAGCUUGGCGAACAAAAUGAGGUCUUAGAUUGUGUUACCGCCUUGCCUAAUAUCACAAAACCGAAAUCUUCAAAAUCUCGCCGCCGAAUGUCUUUACUUUCGUCCGACGAUGAGAAUUCUUACAAGGUACUCGAACCUCCGAGUCUUCCAAGAGUCGUCAAUUUGCCACAUUCCCAAUCAGCGGAUGAAGUGAUGAAAUACCUGAGUAAGGAAGUAUUUGUGCGUUUGCUUGAAAACUCUCCGACGCGUGAAGAACUGCGAGGUUGGUUAGUAAGAUUAUUGAGUCGACAUGUCCUUGCUGCCAUCUCAUCAGCCUUACCUGACAUUCGCGCCGCGUACUCGAAAAGGUGGCAGGACGAACAGCGGACCGUUCAGCUCGCUCGGCUUGUCCGGAAACAGUGCGCGAGUCUUUUCAAUUUAUACUACCAGAAUCAAUCAGGAUCGAACGUGAUCGAGCUUCCUAACGCAAUCAGAGAAGGAACUGUACAACACUUGGUGACGCUGUCUAGUAGCUUGGAAGGCCCCCAUCUCGUGAAAAGUCAGGAAUGGCUAGUCGAAUCUCUUUUCGAAUCAGAGUUUCAGAGAUUCAUAGCUAGCAAAUUGGUUCAGAGAGUCAAGGCCCAAUUGACCGCACCUCUCAGCUCGAACGAGGAUAGUCAAGUUGCCGAGUUUAUUUUGCUCAAUCCGCGUUUGACGGGUUGCCCGGCAAUGAUGGUUUCCCCGGGUUUUUGCACUCUUACCGGCCCAGGAACAUUGAAGGCAUCCAUUAAUAAUAUCGAGAACGCAAUUCGAGAACAGAAACCUUGCAUCCAGUUGAUGAUCAAUUAUCGGCAGGAUGGGACAGCAUUUUAUUCUUUGUUAGACGUGGUACCACUGUAUGACCCAAAGGGAGAAGUGACAUGUAAAUCUAUUGUGCUCUCAUGUGAGAUUUGGGUAGUACUCCUCGAGUUUGACGCUGAUAAUCGACUUAAGAAUGUGACGAGUAAUUUGGAUACAUUUGAAAAUCUCUCGUCACUUAUCCUACCAGAUACAAAUACAACAGGUCCGACAAAAAAAGCGGAGGAGUCAGAUAACACCAAAAAGCAGCUUACGAGUGAAAAUUCUAAACGGAGUAGGUUUAUGAGAAAGACGAACGGUUCGGGUCGAGAUGCUACAACGAAGAAAGAUUGGCUCACAGGGAUCGGACGUCGAAAACAAAAAGAAGAUGAAGGUUGGAGCGAAGAAGGUAGCGGAACCAGUCACAAGCUUACCGUUACCAGCGAAGAUACAGUUCCCGCCGAAAGCCCAUCAAUGGAGUAUAUUCCCGAAAACUUCUCAUCGAUAUAUCUUAAAUUCUUGGUUUUCAAGAUAGCCAAGUAUGGGAUCAUCUAUGCUACACCAUCUGCGCUUUCUUUUUUGGGAUUGCCAGCCGAAACAAAGCAGGAAGUGUACAACUCCUCUAUUCUAGGAACGAGCUUCCUCCAUCUGAUCAAGGGAAAGAAUCCGAAAAAUACGAAUACAAUAAGGACUCGGAUAAUCCAAGCGGUUGAAAAACCUAUCUCUGAUGGGUUCCGAUUAUCAAACUUUAGAGGUCUCCCAACUUCUUCUCCAUGUAGCUUAUCGUACAACCAGGUACCCAUCAACGCGGUAGGUCAUAAGGCAGCUGCAUUUGAUAGCCCUUCCGCAAAAUCAGCUCUAGUCCAUCUGACACCACUUCUUGACGAAGGGGGUAAUGCAGCUGCAUAUAUUGCAAUCUUUGCUUGA